GAAUAUGGAAUUCUUACUCCGAUGGGAAAUCGACUUGGAAGAAGUGGAGUCACUAAAACGGACAUCAACCAUGAUUCAGGCCUUAUCUGAUGAAGCUGAAGUGAAGCAAUUCACCAACGUUGCUGUUAAACUCUGGCUGGACCACCUCAAACAACUCCUCUAUGAUGCAGAGGACGUACUGGAUGAGUAUGCCACUGAACUUCUACGCCUGAAAUUGGAAUCUGCUCACCAAACCCAACAGGUACGCAACCUGUUCCUCCAACUCCAUCAAGUGAAAGUAGUGUUUCUUCUUGGUUGAACUCAGGCAUGGAAUCUGCAGUUAAGAGCAUCAAUGAAACUUUAGAAGGAAUACAAGGCAUUGGGCCUAAGAUUUAUAACAUUGCUGAAGAGCUGAGGGGAAUUAAAAGAUUUGGAUCUGAAGUCAGGGAAAUCAACCAGAGGUUAAAAAGUGUAGCACAAGAAGGUGUUGCUCUUGGUUUGAACUCGAGCAUGGGAUUUGGGUCCUCAAGGCCCAUGGUUUUCAGUCAAAGGCCACCGUCGAGUUCUUUGGUGAAUAAAUAUAAAGUUUUUGGGCGAGAGGAAGAUAUGGAGAAGAUUGUUCGAUGGUUGCUAUCAGAUGAAACUUCAAGUCCCAGUGAUAAUGACAAUAAUUUCUCAGUGCUACCCAUAGUCGGCAUGGGUGGUGCUGGGAAGACGACCCUUGCUCAACUUGUUUAUAACGAUGAGAAAAUUAAGAAGCAUUUUCAUCUGAAAGUUUGGGUCUGUGUAUCGGAAGAUUUUGAUGUGAUAAGGUUAACUAAAGAAAUUCUCGAGUCAGCCACUAGGUCAUCCCCUCCUUCUAAUUCACUGGACCUGUUACAGGUGAAACUUCAAGAAGUAUUGAGCGAGAAAAGAUUCUUAUUGGUUCUAGAUGACAUGUGGAACGAGAGCUACGAGAGAUGGGAUACCCUAAGGACCCCUUUUGCAUUUGGUGAACCGGGAAGCAAGAUAUUAGUUACAACAAGGAACAAAGGCGUUUCAUCAAUCGUGCGUUCUAUUCCAAACGGUUAUUAUCUAAAAGGUUUAUCAGACGAGGCUUGUUUUGCAUUGGUUAGAAGGCACGCUUUCAUGGAUGAAAAUGCAUCUGACGCAAAUCGAAAGUUGGAAGUUUUUGGACAAGAAAUUGUUAAGAAAUGCAAGGGUUUACCUUUGGCUGUAAAGACACUUGCUGGCCUCUUACGAGAUAAAAGGGAGAACAAUGAGUGGAAAGAUAUUUUGGAGAAUGAAAUAUGGGAUUUAAAAGAGAGAACUGAGAUCCUUCCGUCACUGAUGUUGAGCUACCAUCAUCUUCCGCCACUUCUAAAGAGAUGCUUUGCAUAUUGUGCUUUGUUUCCCAAAGAUUAUGUAUUUAGCAAGAUUGAAUUAGUCACAUUGUGGAUGGCAGAAGGUAUUGUUCAACCAAAAGGAAAAAAACGGCUGGAAGAUAUAGGGGCUGAGUAUUUUGAUGAACUAUUUAUGCGGUCCUUCUUUGAGUUGUCUAAUCGUCGUCAUGCUUUGGCUGCAGGCCCGUUGUUUUUUGACUUAUCAAAGGAGAUUCACAGUAAGUCGUUUUUUGAGUCAUCCAGUAACAUAGGAUCAGGAUUUGUGAUGCAUGAUCUGAUCCAUGAUUUAGCACAAUUUGUUUCAAGUGGGAUAUAUUGUAGGAGAGAGUAUGAUAAACCGUCCCAAGUUCUUACAACAACCCGUCACUUGUCCUAUGUUACAGACAAUCGUAACGUUGAGGUGACACAAUCUGAGGCCAUGAAAAGCUUACGUACUGUUCUAACUCUAAAUGAUAGUGUUGGUGGUCUUGGGUAUAUUUUGCCCACCAUGCGAUCCCACUUCCAAUUCCAAUUCUUGCGUGUGCUACGUUUCAAGAAUUGUUGCAAUCAUGAGUUGCCGGAUUCAAUUGGCAAGUUGAAACAUCUCAGGCUUCUUGAUCUCUCAUUUUCUGAUAUUGUGAGGUUACCUGACUCAAUUGGAAGUCUUUACAAUCUACAAACUUUGGACUUAGCUGGCUGUUGGAACCUUAUAGAGUUGCCUGAAGAUAUAGGUAACCUUGUAAACCUUCGACAUCUUCUUCUCCCCGUACAUUGGGGUUUCCAUAAAAUUCCAUUAGGAGUGGGAAACUUAACUAGUCUUCAAACGUUGUCAACAUUCGUUGUGGGGUCGAAAAAAAGAAUUUCCCAACUCUGUGGGACUCAAGACAUUUCAAAUUUGGAAAAUGUAGGCAAUAAUGGGAUGGAAGCCAUGGUUUCCAAGCUGCAACUGCUUGGCCUACGGUUGUACAACCUCUCAUCUCUCCGAGUUCUUCGAAUAUCAAACUGUAAAAAUCUGGAGUCACUAUCAAAGGAGCUACACACUCUAAUGUCUCUUCGGAGAUUAGUCCUCGAAAAUUGCCCUGCUCUUGUAUCCUUCCAGGAAAUAAGAUUACCAACUGCGCUUCAAGAAUUGAAGAUCUUGGAUUGCAAGAAUCUAGAGUCACUCCCCAAGGAGCUACACAUUCUAACGUCUCUCCAAGAAUUUAUAAUUGAAAGUUGUCCUGCUCUUGUGUCCUUCCAGGAAACAGGAUUACCCACUGCACUUGAAGAAUUGGAUAUCAUAGAUUGCAGGAAUCUAGAGUCCCUGCCCAUGGGACUACUGCACAGCCUCACAUCCCUCCAAAGAUUAGAAAUCAAAGAGUGCCCUACUCUUGAAUCCAUUCCAGACAUGGGCUUACCCACUGCGCUUCAGCAGGUAUCGAUUCUAAAUUGUGGGCAGCUGAAUUCCUUGCCCAAGGGGCUGCACAUACUCACAAAUCUUAAACAACUGGAGAUUGUGGAGUGCUCUUUUCUUAUGAAGUGCAAGAAUCUUGAACCCCUACAUACCUCUGGUCUUCAUAAUCUCAUAUCUCUUUCAUAUCUCACCAUUGGUGGAUGUCAUGCUCUCGUGUCCAUCCCAAAGGGCCUGCUUCCCUCCAACCUAAGGGUUUUUCGCAUCAAGGGCUGUCCAAUUCUUGAAUCCCUAUAUGAUGGACUAUCUGACCUAACCUCUCUUAAACGUUUGGAGAUCCAGAAUUGUCCAAUGCUGACACUACAGUACCAAAAGAAGGAAGGAGAAGAGUGGUUCAAGAUUGCUCAAAUCCCUAAGGUGAUAAUAAAUGACAUACGACAAUAAAGCCUAAACACCACAUGUGGGUCUGGCCUCCUAAAAUAAAAUCUACGGUGGAGUACUACAGACAGAAAGUGUAUAUUUUUCAAACCCACAAUACAAGCAGAGAUGCAUUGCAGCUAAUAUUGAGGUAUUUCUUCCAUAAUCAGAUAUGUAUGAUUUCUAUCUAUACUUCAUGUUAUGCCAUAUGUGAUUUUAAUUUAAUUUUUCUUCAUAGGAAAAUCAUGAGAUGGAAUGCCUUUCUUUGAAAAUGCUCAAGAACCAAC